AUGGGGAAUCUGAGGGGUUUGGGGCUCCAUCUCAUUUUUGUAUGUGCUUUGCUGUUUGCAGGAGCCACAUAUACUUCUACUUGUUUGGGUGAUGGAAAUACGAGUCUCGCUGUUUGCUCUGAGCAAGAACGACUUGCUCUUCUCAAGUUCAAAGACAGUGUUGAAGGUCCCUCUGGAAUGUUGUCAUCAUGGGUUGGCAAUGACUGCUGCAUGUGGGAAGGAAUCCACUGUGAUGGUAUCACUGGGAAGGUAGAAAGCCUUCAUCUCAGAGGAGAUUACUAUGAUUGGGUUGAAGGCUACAACAACUAUUUAGCUAGUAAUGAGGUGGACUCUUGUUUGGAAGAUUUGAGGCAUCUCAAAUACUUGGACUUGAGUGGGAAUGAUUUUCAAGGAAGUCGGAUCCCAAAGUUCAUCAGAUCCUUCAAACAACUGAGCUACCUCAAUUUGUCCCAUGCUGGUUUUGAAGGUAUUAUUCCUCCUCACAUUGGAAAUCUUUCUAAUUUAAAGGUUCUUGAUCUCAGUUGGAAUGAAAAGCUGAUGGCAGAUGAUAUGGCAUGGACUUUUGGCCUUUCGUUACUUAAGCAUCUUGAUUUGAGUUUGGUAGAUCUUGGAAGAGCACAAAACAGGGGCAUGUUGUUUUACAUGAUUCCUUCUUUAAAAGAGUUAAGUUUGUCACAUUGUGGACUUUCCAAUGCUGAUCUUUGUCCUUCUCUUAAUUCUAGUCGAAUACGUUCCAACAUCAAACACUUGGAUCUUGGCUUCAAUUCUUUCGGAGGUCCACUCCCUGGAUUUUUUCAAAACAUGUCAUCCCUAACAUUUCUGGAUCUUUCAUCUUUUAAUGUCAGUUUGGCAUGGAACUUUGCAAACCUGCUAAGCAUGAUACCUUCUUUAGCAGAGCUGCAUUUGUCAGAUUGUGGGCUCCAUAAGACGCAUCUAUCUUCCCCUCAUCUUAAUGUCAGUACACUUUCCAACAUCCAACGCCUUGAUCUCAGCAAAAAUUCAAUUGAAGGCACAUUUCCAUCUGUUUUAAAAAACAUGAGUUCCCUAAGAAUCCUUCACUUCUCACAUAACAUGCUGAGUUCACCAGUUCCUAUCAUGCCUAAUCUUCUAGGUCUUUAUAUUUCCCAUAACUGGUUAACCGCUCCUAUUCCUACAUUCCUUGGGAAUCUUUCCAAACUUGAUCUUUCUUUUAAUCAAUUGAAUGGUUCAAUUCCAACAUUCUUUGGAAAUCUAGCUGCUUUAACACAUUUGGAUCUAAGUGUCAAUCGGUUAACAGGCCCAAUCCCAACAUCUCUAGGAAAACUUGUUUCAUUACAAUCAGUUAGGCUGAAUUCGAAUUUAUUAAAUGGAACUAUUCCAGUUUCAAUCGGCCAAAUUGCUAAACUCCAAACUUUAGAUUUAUCUAACAAUUCUUUAGAAGGAGUAGUUUCUGAAGCCCAUUUUGCUAACCUUUCAAUGUUGAUGUUUUUGGAUGCUUCUUAUAACACCAAGUUGACAUUCAAUGUUUCACGUGACUGGAUACCUCCAUUCCAGUUGGUAUCUCUUGACCUCCGUUCUUGCAAUAUUGCAAAUGGAUUCCCGCAGUGGCUUCGAAAUCAAAGGAAACUUUAUGAGUUAGUGUUGUCCAAUGCUUCAAUCUUAGGACCUCUGCCCAGAUGGUUGCGGAGGAUUCCCAUCAUACUUCACUUAGAUCUCUCUCAUAAUCAACUGAUCGGACCUUUAACAAACCUUCCCAGUGGGGAAACUUAUGGUGGGUAUGUAGAUGCUCCUUCGUUAUUUCUGGAAAACAACUUUUUCAAUGAGUCGAUUCCAAGUUCAUUGUGCAGAAGGACAGAUUUGGUAUUUCUUGAUCUUUCCGAAAAUAGGUUAACUGGUAAAAUUCCCAAGUGUCUUGAAAAUCUGCAUGGGUUGUUUACCAUGAUACUUAGCUCAAAUCGGCUGUCUGGUGUCAUUCCAAGCUCUGUAGCUCUUAAUUUAUUGCGUCGGUUGAAAUUGAAUGACAACAACUUUGUUGGUGAGCUUCCUCGAGAAUUGAGGAAUCUACGAUAUUUAUGUAUCUUAGAUGUGGGUAAUAAUAGAUUGUCUGGAAAUCUACCCGAAUGGGUCAGGAAAGAACUUACAUAUUUGGCGGUUUUGAGGUUGCACAAAAACAACUUCACCGCAAGAAUUCCUCAGUCAUUUUGCAAAGCUUCAAAUCUUAGAAUUUUGGAUGUUGCACACAACAACUUAAAGGGAACCAUCCCUCCUUGUCUUGGAGAAUUGAUUGCCAUGGUUAGCGGUAGAAGGUAUCGGCCCUUUGAACAUCCCUCUUUCAACAAUGAUGAGAAUGUUGAGCAGGUCAUGAAAGGUGUUGAUAUUGAAUAUACAAGAACUUGGUAUAUGGUUUAUAAUAUGGACCUUUCAAGCAAUAGACUUGUCGGAGAAAUACCGGUCAAGCUAACUGCACUUUCAAUGUUGGUGGGCCUCAAUUUGUCUAAUAAUCAUCUCAGUGGGCGUAUUCCAGACACCAUAGCAAACAUGUCAGAGUUAAAUUCUCUUGAUUUAUCUGGAAACGAGUUGACUGGUGUGAUCCCUCCGAGCAUGGCAGAUUUGACUUUUUUGAGCCAUUUGAAUUUGUCACACAACAACUUGUCAGGACGAAUUCCAACAGGAAGCCAACUGCAGACCCUUACAGAUCCAUCGAUAUAUGAAGGGAACAAAGAUCUGUGUGGACCUCCAUUGCCAAAGAAUUGCAUAAAUCCAGGAGAAGACCCAACAACAAUAACAACCACUAGCAAGAUGAAAGACGAAGCAGCUGAUGAGAAAACCAAGGUAUGGCUGUUUUAUGUGGACAUAAUUUGUGGUUUUGCAACAGGUUUCUGGGGUGUUAUUGGGGUUUUGUUGUUGAAGAGGCAAUGGAGACACAAGGUUUUCAUGUUUGCAGAGGAAAGCAUGGACAAGAUAUAUGUUGCAGUUGUGGUAAAAGUUAACAAGAUCAAGAGAGGAAGAGAAACCGCAUAG